CUCAACCCAAAUGUAAGUGUAUUUCAGAGAAAAUUUGUGAAUGAAGUAAAGAAGUGUGAGGAAAUGGAAAGAAUACUUGGGUAUUUAGUACAAGAAAUUAAAAAGGCGGAUAUUCCACUUCCUGAAGGAGAUGUUGCUCCUCCUGCCCCCUUGCUGAAACACAUUUUAGAAAUCCAGGAACAGUUGCAGAAGCUGGAGACAGAAUUGAGGGAAGUGACUAAAAACAAAGAAAAGCUGAGGAAAAACCUGCUUGAGCUGACAGAAUACACGUGCAUGUUGGAGGUCACGCAGAGAUUCGUCAGGAGGACAGCCGAGUAUGAAGCCCAUUUACAUGCAAAUUAUGAAGAAUUUCCAUCUGUGGAAAACGAGCCAUUAGUGGAUUACAACUGUAUGCACAGACUGGGUGCCAAGCUGGGGUUCAUAUCUGGGUUAGUUCACAUAGCAAAAGUUGAAGCAUUUGAAAAAAUGCUGUGGAGAGUCUGUAAAGGCUAUACUAUUCUUACAUAUGCAGAGUUGGAUGAGUGUCUGGAAGAUCCAGAUACAGGAGAAACCACAAAAUGGUUUGUUUUUUUAGUAUCCUAUUGGGGCGAACAAAUCGGACAGAAAGUUAAGAAGAUUUGUGACUG